CUGAGACCCCCUUGAGAUGCCUUCUUCGGUAGAGUAGGAUUUCUGUUGCUUUGCUCUUAAACAAUCUCAAGCUAGCUGCUUUCUAACAUCCAAACCUCCUCCCAGAACACUUUUGGUCUCCUGUUCUCUUCUUGUCGUUGCCACUCUCACUUGCUCUUGCUUGAUUCGAUGGCAAUCUCACUGCUGGACACUCCAAACCCUCCCUUGGCCUCACCAAUUGGUUUCGAGGGAUACGAGAAGCGCCUGGAGAUCACACUCUCCGAGGCACCCAUUUUUGUGGACGCCCAUGGUUGGGGGCUGCGUGCUCUUUCACGGGCACAGAUCGAUUCCAUUCUGGAUCUGGCACGAUGCACCAUCGUGUCUCAUCUCUCGAACAAGAACUUCGAUUCAUAUGUCCUCUCCGAAUCCAGCCUCUUUGUUUAUCCCUACAAAAUAAUCCUCAAGACUUGCGGGACCACGAAGCUCCUCCUAUCCAUUCCUAGAAUUCUUGAACUUGCUGCAGAGCUUUCGCUCUCUGUUUUCUCUGUUAAAUACUCUCGUGGGACCUUUAUCUUUCCUGGUGCACAGCCGUCCCCCCACCGUAGCUUCUCCGAUGAAGUUGCUGUGCUCAAUCAGUUCUUUGGCAGCCUCGAGUCAGGUGGUGAUGCAUAUGUGAUUGGUGAUUCAGCGAACGCAGAUCGAAAAUGGCAUAUAUACUAUGCUGCCAAUAAGCCUGAGCUGCCGAUGGUCACCCUCGAGAUGUGCAUGACUAAGUUGAACACUGAACGGGCGUUAAUCUUCUUUAAGAAUUCGGUGGAAGGACAUGAGUGUCCUGCCAAGGCCAUGACGAAGCUCUCUGGUAUCUCCAAUAUUAUUCCUGAGAUGGAGAUCUGUGACUUCGACUUCGAGCCCUGUGGCUACUCCAUGAAUGGGAUUCAUGGCCCGUCGCUCUCCACCAUCCAUGUGACACCCGAGGAGGGUUUCAGUUACGCUAGUUAUGAGGCAAUGGGGUUUGAUCCUCUGACCUCGGUGCCGCAGGACUUAAUCGAGAGGGUCCUCAGGUGCUUUGACCCUUCAGAAUUCUCUCUUGCAGUCACCAUCUUCGGUGGCCGUGGACUAGCAGGCACUUGGACAGACAAGAUACUUCUUGAUGGUUACACCUGCAAAGAUAGAGUGGAACAAGAUCUCCCAGGCGGUGGCCUGUUGAUAUACCAAGCAUUUGCUGCUUCUGCUGUAACUGCAGUGUCGCCCGGACCCAAUCUACAUUACUAGGAAGGAGAAGACGGGGAUAAAACUCUGAAAGAUGAUGCCAGAGGAUCCUGCUUGGAAGGUGAAGGGAUGGAGAGAUGAGAAGAGUUCACGAGGAAGAUGAUGUUGUGCAGAAAGUUGGCCAAGUUUUUAGUUCUAGUAGUGUUUUAUGAUCCCUUGUGCCACACUUGACCAGGGGUCCUUGUGUAACUAGGAAUUCACACGAAUGUGCAGUGGCGUUCGGGACAGAGGAUGCUGGUGUCAAGCAAUAGCUCUAGGUGGCCUCCUGUGUGUGCCACGAUGACCACCACCAGCCUUUUUAUAGACCGAAUUCAUGCAUGAUCAGGUGCUGUUUGGACAUAAAAUUUGCAGCCUGCGUAA